AUGCUUGCACUCGUUGUAGCGGCUAUUAUUGCAUUUCCUCUCCCUGUAGAAGCAGAUGGAAGAUAUCGAAGUCGACCAGAUCUGUCUCCUCCAACGCUUAACAUAACAAUACCUUGUCAAGACAACUGCUCCGAAGGGUACCUCUUCGUUGCUCCAUUCACCGGCCACGAUGAUCCGGUAAACCAUGGACCGCUUCAAGGUGCUCCAUACAUCCUGACUAGCAACGGCGAUUUGGCCUGGAGCGGUUUCACUUAUUUUUCGAUCUGGGCUGGCAACUUCCAAGCCGCUCGGUGGAAGGGCCAACCGGUGCUUUUCUCCUUUGAGGGAGCUCACAACAGCCUGCACGGGCACGGCCAUGGCCACCAUACCUUUCUCGACCAAAACUAUCAGAAUAUUCGUGAGCUUCGUGCUGGAAACCAUAUGAUCUCGGAUAAACAUGAGUUCAUAGUCCUCAACGAAACCACGGCUCUCUUUCAGAUUUAUCAUCCUGUGCAGAGGAAUCUGAGGCGCUACGGCGGUACCGAGAAGCAGACGUGGAUCGUUGAUGCUCGCUUCCAGGAAAUGGAUAUUGAGACUGGUGAAGUCCUGUUCGAGUGGGCAAGCUUAGAUCACGUUUCGCCCGACGAAACAGCUCUACCGCUUAUUUUAGGACAGGCUGGAAUCGGCCACAACAGCUCCACAGCAUGGGACUAUUUCCACAUAAAUUCCAUUACCAAAGGAGACGAUGGGCAUUAUCUACUCUCGGCACGACACGCCUCGACCAUUUACAAGAUCAAUGGCACAGACGGGUCCAUCAUAUGGCGCCUUGGAGGAAGUUUCUCUGACUUUACUCUUGGCCCCAACGUAACAUUUGGGUUUCAGCAUCACGCACGUUAUUUAAGGGGCGGGUCAGGCGAGUUGACCGAAAUCGUUUCACUGUUCGACAACUCCGUCUAUGGAUCGGAAUCAGCCGGUGGUGGCGACAAGGAGGUUCACCUAUACCCAUACUCGCGAGGCAAAUAUAUCAAGCUAAACCAUGCAACACGCACUGCUACCCUUGAGCUUGCCUUCCUUCCACCACAGAGUCCUAUACUCGCAAAGUCACAAGGUUCUCUGCAGACCUUGCCCAAUGGGAAUGCCCUGAUCAAUUGGGGCUCCGAAGGCCAGAUCACCGAGUACUCUUCCAGCGGCGAGACUGUCUUUCAUGCGUUCCUCGACAGUGGCUUUCUGCAGGAUAAGCUUCAAAAUUAUCGUGCGUUCCGCUACAACUGGACAGGCUACUCACCAGAGACGUUGGCCGUGCUUGCUGAGGAGGGUGAGAGGGGGGAAGUGAAUGUCUAUGUGAGUUGGAACGGUGAUACACGCACGGUAGCCUGGAGAGUAUCCUGGAGCGAGCGAAUUGGUUGGAUAACGAUUCGGAAAACGCAAACGCAUCCAAAGACUGGCUUUGAAACAGCGAUCCAACUAACCAAGCCCUCUUCCUCUAUGGGUCUAGUCUUUGUCGAAGCUUUGGGCGCAGACGGCCAGGUUCUGCAGGUUUCUGAAGGUGUAGGUACCGAGCUGGCAUACUGGCUUGAACCUGAGACCGUUAAGUCAACAAGGCCACAGAAGCAGGUAACGUUGAACGGGGACCUGUGA